UCCCCUUCCCCAAUAAAAUCUUUAAAAAGAAAAUAAUAAAAUAUUAGCACUUAAUUAUCAAGAUCGAACCAUUCCAGACAUCAGCCUGCACCUCCCACCUCCCCAAUCCUCUUGCCCAGCCAGGGCAGGGGUGCCAUUAUCACUCCAUUUCACAGAUGACAGAGGCUGAGAUUUGUGUAGGCGCAGCCAGAAUGGUAAGGACAGGAUUGAACUCAAGUUCCUCUGACUCCAAGACUUUCCGGGCUCUUUGCCCCACAGUAGAGCAUUAAGGACCCACCAUUUGAGGCCCUACUCUGUGCCAACCAAGGUUAAAGGUGCUCCAGAGUGUCGUUCCAAUCAAAAGCAUUGUCACUGCCACUGAGAGAUGAGAAUCCGAGGCCCACAGGGGAAUGGCUGGGUGCACAAGCUGGUGUCUCCACCUUGGACCUGAACCUCCAUCUUUGAACUAUUCGGCCUGGGUGCGCCUGCCCCUCCAAAUGGCCUCCUCAGCACACCUCUCCUGACCUCUGUGACCCUAAUGACUUUCCCUGUCUUCUUCCCUUCUGCACUGGGUCACAAGGCCUAUCUUGGUGGUCUCUCUCCCACCACGUUGCGAGCUCUGCCCAGGCAGUGAGCCCCGGAUGCCCCAGGGCCCAUGGCCCAGGCCUCGUGGGAUGCCAGGCAGGAACUGCAGGAUGAGCAAGGGAAUGAACAAAUGAGUGAUGGAGUGGGGAAGUCCAUUCAUUUAACAAAUGUUUACUGAGUGGUCACCAUUGACCAGACACCAAGGACACAGCACUGAUCAAAAAAGACCCAAAUCUCCUUGUCUUCUGGGGCUCACAUUCAAGGGAGGGAAGGAGUGAAUCAAAGAGGAAGGCCAACCAGCCCCACACCUCCUCCCCCAAAUUUCCACAACCCUAACCGCCAGAGAUUUUAUGACACCCUCUUUGGUGCCCACACUGGGACCUCCAGCUUACACGGGCUUAGUCAUGUCCCACACAAGCCAAGGCCAGCUUGGGGCACAUGACUGUGAUCUAGAACCACAGAGCCAGGUACCCCUCUGUGCAUGGUCUGUCUACCGCACUUUAGUAAAGGCAGCAUGGCUCUCGUUGCCAAAUAGAGAAGUCCCUUGGCUUACUGGCUGGGGUGGGAGUGAGGGUGUGCAGCAAAAUGGACCCUCACAGCUUUGGGGAGUUUCCCAAUGAAAGAAGAAAUGAGGUAGGGAGUGCAUGAAUAAAUGAAUGCCAGGAUCAGAGCCCUCUUCCCUUCCCUUCUCUCCCAUCCCCAUGGGUCCCCGAGAAAGCCAGCUUUUUUCUCAGCCAUCUCUUGCUUGGACACUGGUUCCAACCUGGGGGCUCAUAAGGGAGAUCCCCACCCAAGGGCCCUAGAACAGAGGCAGCAGCACCAGGGGUUAACACCCCUGCCCAGCUCUUGGUCUCACAGGCUUUGGCCUUGAUCUGAAAUGCCUACCCUACCCUGCUAUCUUUCUGCCCUGAGGCCCACUCAGACCCCUCAUCACCAUCCCCAGAUAGUUAAAGCAAUGAGGAAAAGGAGGAGGCAGUAGCUGCUAGUUGCUGUCCCCUGGACCUUGCACUUUCCUGUUUAAAACCCAUGACAACCAAUUAUUUAGUCAACACCCAUCGAGCUUGCCCCAUGCCUGGCCACAUCCUGGGGGCUGUGGACAGAGGUGCAUCAGAUACCUCUGGUGUGGUUGGAAAGGAGAUGAAGAGAGCAGGCGCAGGUACAGCAGGGGCUCAGGGGGCUGCAGGUUACACCAAAGGAUGGAGCAGCAGGAAAGUUUUCUGGAAGGGGUGACCCCUGCGCUGACUGAGCUUCGAAGGAUGAGCUAGAGUACUUCCCACGGGGCACUGACCACCCUCUAUCCGCACCAUUGUCAAGGGCCUGAGGCCCCCUUCACUCCCUGGACUUCUGUUACAGCACUGAUGGCCGUCACUGCCCUCUUAGGACGUACCUCCUCCUGUCCUGAUCUGUCUCUCCUUAAGGACAGAUCCAUUUCUGUAUCCCAAGAAUUGCCCAGAACAGGGUGGGCAGAGAGCCUCUGUUGAAUACAGAACAAGGGUUGGGUGGGGAAUAGGUGGGCAGAGGGCGCUGUAGGGACUAGAGCCUGAAGGCCUCUUGCUUGAGGGGUCGGCCUCCCCCGCCCAGCAUGGUUUCCCUUGUGGUCUCUCCAGCUCCACCCUCAGCCCCUCCAGCUUGGUCUGCACAGCUUCCUGCCCCCCAGCACUCUGGUUGUCAGCACCAUGGCACUAACUGUCCAUCUCUCCUGCUUCCUUGCACUGUUGGUGGCAGGCCUGGCUCAAGACAUCAUGGGCUCCCGCAGGGGCCAGGACCCAGGUCCCCAGCCACUGAAGCUGAAAGAGGUCUUCACUUUGUUCCAGAUCCGGUACAACCGAAGUUACUCGAACCCAGCAGAAUAUGCUCGCCGCCUGGACAUCUUUGCCCGCAACCUGGCCGAGGCUCAGCGGCUGCAGGAGGAAGACUUGGGCACAGCCGAGUUUGGGGUGACUCCAUUCAGUGACCUGACAGAGGAGGAGUUUGGCCAGCUCUAUGGGCUUCAGAGGGCAGCUGGAAGGGCCCUCAAUGUGGACAGGAAGGUAGGAUCCGAUGAGCGGGGUCAGACAGUGCCCCCCACCUGUGACUGGCGGAAGGCAGCUGGUAUCAUCUCACCCGUCAAGGACCAGAAAAACUGCAACUGCUGCUGGGCCAUAACAGCAGCGGGCAACAUCGAGUCUCUGUGGGGCAUUACAUUCCAAAAGUCUGUGGAAGUCUCCGUGCAACAGCUACUUGACUGUAACCGCUGUGGGGAUGGCUGCAAGGGCGGCUACAUCUGGGACGCGUUCAUAACCGUUCUCAACGACAGCGGCCUAGCCAGCGAAAAGGACUACCCAUUCCGGGCGACCAGCAGAACCCACAACUGCCAGGCCAAGAAGUACAAAAAGGUGGCCUGGAUCCAGGACUUCAUCAUGCUGCCGGACUGCGAGCAGGGAAUUGCCCGGUACCUGGCCACCGAGGGCCCCAUCACCGUGACCAUCAACGUGAAGCUAUUGCAGCACUACCAGAAGGGUGUGAUCAAGGCCACGCCCACCAACUGUGACCCCCAGCAUGUGGAUCACUCUGUCUUGCUGGUGGGUUUCGGUAAGUGCAAGUCGGUGGAGGGCAGGCAGGCGGCCACAUCCCAGUCUCGUCCUCACCCUCGCCCUCGUCACUCCAUCCCAUACUGGAUCCUGAAGAACUCCUGGGGGGCCAGCUGGGGUGAGGAGGGCUAUUUCCGGCUGCACCGAGGGAGCAAUGCCUGCGGCAUCACCAAGUUCCCAGUUACUGCCCGAGUAGUCAAACCAGCUAAGAAGCAGCAAAAGCUAGUUUCCUGCCCUCCCUGAGCUCACCCCUCAACUCUCCUGCUAUGCCAGAGGCCUCCUUGCUGGCGUCACCCCAAAGCCUUUGCCUGUCCUCCCAAUCAUCUUGCUAUGGGUUGAAUAAACCAAGACAAG